GGUGGGACAGUUUAAUGGGAAAGGAGACCAGGAGCAGUCACUACUACAUUGCUGUCAGGUCAGGUUGAACAUGUUGUGAGCCUGCUCAUUAUUUACGCAUUGAUUUUUGUUGUGUUUUUAAUCAGAGCUGCGUCAAGUCAAACCGAAUAACACCGGAAAUCAUACGAUUUAAAAAAAAAAAACUUUAAUUUUUCACACUUAGUCGAUCAACGUUCAUCGAGGGAGAACUUUAUUUUGAAAGGUUGCGCAAAAGUGUUGUGUGUUUUUCGUUCACGUGUUUUUGACAUGAUUGUGAAUCCUGGUGCGUUCAGGACGUUUUGAGAGAGCAGAGUCCAACACGCUCCCACUCAGAAGAAGUUAGUUGGGAGGUUUUAAAGUUUUUCUCGGAUGUUUCCCUCGUAGUUUCCACCUUUCUAUCUCUCUGCUUUUUUUUCUUUUUUUUUCUUGAAGAGAAACGUGUAACCUCACCUUGCGGUUGGUUGUGUGGUUGUUUGGUUGACCAGGGUCCGGUGCUGUCAAACUUUCGUUGACAUGACAUUUCGUGGACAUUUGUUGCACCGACGACGGAUGGACUGAAAAGUUUGGUGGAUUUUUUUUUUUUUUAUCAACGAGCUACAACAAAACGGACUUAUUGCAACUACUUUUGUAAAAACAUUGUCAUUAACAUAUUUAGUUAAAGACAUGCAGAAGUUCAAUUCCACCGGUACCCACAGCAACACGCUGCCCCGGGACGCGGAGCUCCAGCUGCGGUUAGCUGACAGCGGCGGAUCCGGGGAAGGGAAGGAAAACGGGGCUGGCAAACAUUUCCUCGCCCAACCUGAGGAGGAAAGCUCGUUUUGCACCAAGAGGAAGAUGCUUGUCGGUUUGGAUGUAAUAUGUCUCUGUGUUGCCUCCAUCCCAUUCUUUGCGUGUGAGUUGAAGGCAGUGACUCCGUACAGGCGAGGCUUCUUCUGUGGAGAUGCCAGCAUCACUUAUCCCUACGUGGAUAGAGAGGCCAUCCCUGACAGCCUGCUCAUUGCUGGUGGUAUAGCCAUCACUGGCAUAGCGAUCGCAUUAGGGGAAUGCUAUCGGGUGCGCUUCCGAGGUGUACACUCACGGGCCUUUGUUCGAAACUGCUAUGUGUCAUGCCUGUACAAGGAGCUGGGAAGCUUCCUGUUUGGUUGCUGUGUGGGUCAGUCUCUCACCAAUAUGGCCAAGCUAAGUGUGGGACGCCUGCGCCCUAACUUCCUCUCUGUCUGUAACAUCACCUAUGCGUCCAUCAACUGCACUACAGGCAGCUACAUAUCCCAGGUCGUAUGCAAGCAGCCUAAUCAGAAGAUGGUGGAAGAAGCAAGGAAGUCUUUUUUUUCCGGCCAUGCUUCCUUCGCAAUGUACACCAUGCUCUAUCUGGCAUUCUACCUGCAGGCGCGGUUGUCGUGGCGAGGAGCUCGGCUGUUGCGCCCCCUAAUACAGUUCCUCUUAGUGAUGAUUGCCAUCUACACUGGCCUCACCCGCAUCUCUGACUACCGGCACCACCCCACUGAUGUCGUUACAGGCUUCAUCCAAGGAGGGCUCACUGCUUACUGGGUGGCCUUCUACAUCUCCUCCAUGUUUAAGCCCUGUGCCCGUCCAGACCUGUCUCCCACUAGCAUGUCCCUGGAGAGUCCACUGUCCAGCCAGCAAACUGUCUGUUAGCAGGCACAUCAUUCCAGGAUUUAGAAGAUAAGAGAAGAUGGACAGGGAGAAAGUCAGAUAGCACAGGAGGAGGAAAGUAGAGAAACUUCAGUCUUUAAGAAAGGGAAUCAUUCUAAGAGAAGGAUAUGAUUAAAGAGUACAAUCUAACGUGCUUGCUCUCUUUUGGGCAUACUGAUACACAUACAAACAUACAUUCAUAGAGUAAUCUAACAUGUUCACACACUUACACGUGAAAUACAAGAAGCACAUUUGACUGUAAGUCAGACCCGUCCAGUGAAAAGAACUGCAUAGUAAUAUUGCAGAUAUUUUUUUAUACAUGGAAAAAAAAAAUCAAAUGUAUAUUUUUCAAAAGGAUUUGUAGAAGCUGCUAAUGUUAAUAGUUUCCCGUUUUAACUUGUUUUCUUCUGUGAUGGAGGCUCUUGGUCAGUGCAUUUAGUUUUCAUAGCAGAGCUGGUCACUCUUUGGUCUUUUUUGUGAGAGCAGAAAAUGCCAGCCUCCUCUUUUUGAUCCUUUGCUCAGCUUGAAAACAUCAGCCAGCAGCUGUGAACUAAGACCAUCAGAGCUCAGAUGUAAAGACAGCUCUGUGCCAUGUGAUAGAACUGGCAGUGAUGAGGAAUAAGCACGGACUUCAGCUUCUAAACAUCUUUCCUUCAGUGGCCUGAUGUGCCACUGCUCUAAUCAGACUGCCCUACAUCACUAUGACUAAACAAUAACAUAAGCAGAGAUAUAAAAAAAAGUAUUUGUGCUGUAAUACAAUUCUGUCUUUUUGUGUAAUCAAGACAGUGAUGAGGAGGAAUCUGACCAUUCCUCAUCGCUACCACUUUUCUUUACUAACCACUUUGACUGUGUCCCAGAGGUGGAGGUUUGACUGAAUUUUAUAACUUUUGACUUUUGUCCUCGGACUCUCUGAGCUGCACCUUGAUUUAUGCCACUCUGACAGGAGAGCCGACACGGCUGUGACCCCAGCGGCCCUCCUGUGCAUCUUUAUUAAUAGCACUUGAACGUACAUAAUGGAACCUUCUAAUUAUAAUCAUUAUUAUAUAUUUUAUCACAAGAUUAAAUAAUCAGUGUUUAUUUUUGUUAAUGACAGACUCAUACACUAUAUUUGUUUUGGUUUUUAUUGAAAUGAUAAUUAUUCAAAUUGAAUGUAAAUAGCUGUUUCAUUUUAUAAACCACACAGAAUUUCAAAAGUAUUAGUUCCAGGUUUGGACAGUUUUUACAUGUUUAUUAAGUGUUUGUAUUUACAUUUGUGUCGAUCAGGUACGGAGAGUUACUGUUGUAUCUGUUGUAACUACUAGACUGAGCCACAGAUAUUAUCAGAAAGCUAUAUUUUUUGUGUUCCCAGUUAUUGUUAUUUUGUUUUGUUUUGUCUGUGAAUGCCAGAAAGGCAGAAAUAACCACUGUACUCAAAAAAACCAAACCAAUAAAAUGAAUGUUCAAUGUU